GGGUCAAUUCAACCAACCCUCGUUUGGACUUUGCCCUUGGACAUCUCUCCCUCGGGUUCGGAUCUUUCUAUCAGGUGAUCAAUUUGGAAUUUUUUUUUUAUUUGAAGCUUGUCAAAUUUGAUUGGGAAGUGUAGGGUUCGGACUCGAGAAGUUUUGGGGCUUUUUUUUUUUUUUUAGUUUCAAAAUUGUUAUGGAUGGUAAUAAAGAUGAAGCUUUAAGAUGUGUUCACAUUGCUGAAGAAGCAAUAGCUUCUGGUAACAAAGAACGUGCGUUGAAAUUCAUUAAAAUCGCGCAACGCCUUAACCAUAGUUUAUCUGUUGAUCAACUUUUGGCUGCUUGUGAAAACCUCGAUUCCGGGUCGUCCCCUGCUUCUCCUGUUGUUGAAAAGUGUGUUUCUAGUAAUAAGAAUAGAGGCGGUUCGACUAAGUUGGAUGAGGGUUUGAAUGGGGAGAGGAGUUAUACUGAGGAACAUAUUCAGUUGAUUAGGCAGAUCAAGAGACACAAGGAUUAUUACGCCAUUCUUGGUGUGGAAAAGACUUGUUCGGCUGAUGAGGUUAGGAGAGCGUAUAAGAAGUUGUCGUUGAAAGUUCAUCCAGAUAAGAAUAAGGCUCCGGGUUCCGAGGAAGCCUUUAAGAAAGUGUGCAAGGCCUUUAAGUGUUUAAGUGUUGAUGAUUCGAGGAGGCAGUAUGAUCAAGUGGGUUUGGUUGAUGAAUUUGAGUACAAUCAGCAGCAUAAUGUGAGACAGAGGAGGAGGAGAUAUGGGAAUGAUUUGUUUGAUGACGAAUUUGAUCCUGAUGAGAUAUUCAGGGCAUUUUUUGGUCAGGGGGAUAUGUUUAGGACGUCUCAUGUUUACAGGACUAGAGGGAUGGGUGGUCAUCAGAGGGAGCAGCGUCAUGGCGGAGGACCUAAUUUCUUGGUCCUUCUUCAAAUAUUGCCAUUUUUGUUGAUUUUCUUGCUUGCUUAUCUACCCAUUUCCGAGCCUGAGUACUCUUUGUUUAGGAAUUACUCAUAUCAGAUUCCUAAGACAACUGACAAAUAUGGUGUGGAGUUUUAUGUCAAAUCAUCAGCAUUUGAUGUGAACUUUCCACUUGGAAGUCCUGCUCGAGCUAAUUUUGAGGACAAUGUGAUUAAGGAUUACAGACAUAUGCUUUGGCGUUAUUGCCAUGUGGAACGCCAGAAGCGUCAUUGGAAUAAGAAUUUGCCAACUCCACACUGUAAUAAACUACAAAAUCUUGGACUGGCAUGAAGGUAAGUUUAACUACAAAAUUGUGGCUUCAAGUCUUUUACUUUCUUUAGUUUCAGUGUCUAAUCAUGCACCAUUGUCGCUGGGUUGUAAACCAUUUGUCACUGUUAGCUUCUGUGCUCGGUGGAUGAUAUGAUGCUAUCAAUUUGCAAUUUGAAUUAUACUUAAAUAUGCGUUUUUCUGAUUGAAAAGGGAAUUUGACUGGAUUCUGUGAAAUCAUCAACAAGAUAUUAUGUUGAUGGGCAUGGAACCAAAAGUAGUGCAGUUAGACGAGUCAAAAUUGUGGGAUUAGUUCUACAGAUAUAGCCCAGCAAUUUUGUUAUGUCCAAGGUGCAUUCUUUUGCCAUGCUGUCAUCUGCUAAGAUUGUUCUGGGUUGGUAGACUGAUUUUCAAUGUAUGCGAAGGUGAUAAUGAGGCUUGUGGACACCUUCAGGCCAUAAUGCUUCUCUUCCGAUAAUGUAAAGAAGUCUACAGUCUGCAGUUUGUUCCUAGUAUGAAUAUUGUACGAAUAGAAGGCAAGGAUAGUUAGCGCAAAUAACAUAAAUUGAACAAAGAAUGAUCUUCAAGAUUGUUAGUUUUGUUGUUUCAUUCUCAUUGAGUUCCGGCGAUGUCUAUAUUGCUUUUUUGAGAUCCAGAUCUUGGAUCCUCCAUAUGAUUAUGUUAGAAAUAUGCAAAAUUCAUUGAAUUGUUGUUUGUU